GGAAAGGAAAGAGAAAGAAAGCAGUGAAAGGUGAGCAUUGGGGCACUAAUGGGAAAAACAAAGAAAGAGCUGCUAAGCAAAGCGCCCUGGAGGGGCGAAGACCAUGACAACUCCAACAAAUUCGCAGACGCCAAGCUCAAGGUUACCAACCAGCCUGGUUCCACCCCCAAAAUGCACGUCCCUCACCGUAAGUCCGCCGCUUCCCGACUUGACGACGACGACUCCCUUGAGAUUGACCCUGAACUCCGUUACAGCUUUCAGCGCAACUUCCAGUUUCUUCAACGAGUUUUUAGCAUAGACACUGUUGUGAAGCCUCUUCCACCUGCAAUGGCAUACAAUGUUUCCCGCAACUUGAGCUUCUUCACGCGUAUAUUCACCCAGUUCUUUGAUCCAGAAGGUAUUGCAAAUGCGCAAAAAUCACUGGGGUUGGGACAGGAAGAAAAAGCUCGUCGAGUACGUUAAUGAGAAUAAAAGGCAUUUGGGAAUUUUGUGGAAUCUGAAAGUGAAUUUAUGAUUUGAUUUCUUUAUAUGGUUAUCUUUUUAAUCCAUGACCAAAGUGUAGAGACAUGGAAAAGGAGCUCUCAAAUCUUGUUUGAAAUUGGUAGAGUUAUUCUCAGUUAUAUUUAUUUAAAUUAUCAAA